AGACCAAGGUGCAAGGGUUACCUCUGCUCGCAGAGCUUUCAACAAAAGGCUGUCUCAGGUGUUUUUCAGGUUAUCUGUUGCCACAGAACCCUGGGGCUUGUACUGAGCAUAAAGGACCUCCAACUGACAGAUUUUCCAUGGGUCAUCCUUUACAUUGAAGGAGAAAAUUCAAAGUGCUGCCGGCUGCAGACUGGAAUGACCAUGUCUGACUCAGUAAUUCUUCGUAGUGUGAAGAAAUUUGGGGAGGAGAAUCAUGCUUUUGAGCCAGAUGGAUCAUCUAAUAAUGAUAAGAAAUCAAGGUCAAAAGAUAAGAAGAAAAAUGAUGGCAUUCGAGUUGGCUUCUUUCAGUUGUUCCGGUUUUCUUCAUGGAGUGACAUUUGGCUGAUGUGUGUGGGAAGCAUAUGCGCGUGCAUCCACGGGAUAGCCCAGCCCGGCGUGCUACUCAUUUUUGGCACAAUGACAGAUGUUUUCAUCGACUAUGACACUGAAUUACAAGAACUCCAAAUUCCAGGAAAAGCCUGUGUGAAUAACACUAUAGUAUGGGUCAACAGCUCCCUGAACCAGAAUGUGACAAAUGGAACACGUUGUGGGUUUCUGGACAUUGAAAGUGAAAUGAUCAGGUUUGCCAGUUACUACGCUGGGAUUGGUCUCGCAGUAUUUAUCACGGGAUAUAUUCAAAUAUGCUUUUGGGUACUUGCUGCAGCUCAUCAGAUACAAAAAAUGAGAAAAAUUUACUUUAGGAAGAUAAUGAGAAUGGAAAUAGGAUGGUUUGACUGCAAUUCAGUGGGAGAAUUGAAUACAAGAUUCUCUGAUGAUAUCAAUAAAAUCAAUGACGCCAUCGCUGACCAACUGGCUGUCUUCAUCCAACGCAUGACCUCAGCGGUCUUCGGCUUCCUGUUGGGAUUUUACAGAGGUUGGAAACUGACCUUGGUUAUUAUCUCUAUCAGUCCUCUUAUUGGAUUUGGAGCAGCUAUCAUAGGUUUGAGUGUGUCCAAAUUUACAGACUUUGAGCUGAAGGCCUAUGCCAAGGCAGGGUCUGUGGCUGAUGAGGUCAUUUCAUCUAUGCGGACAGUGGCUGCUUUUGGUGGUGAGAAAAAAGAAGUUGAAAGGUAUGAGAAAAAUCUUAUAUUUGCACAACGAUGGGGGAUUAGGAAAGGCAUAGUGAUGGGCUUCUUUACUGGAUACAUGUGGUGUCUCAUCUUCCUCUGUUAUGCACUGGCUUUCUGGUACGGCUCAAAGCUCGUCCUGGAUGAAGGAGAAUAUUCACCUGGAGCCCUUGUCCAGAUUUUCCUCAGUGUCAUAGUUGGAGCUUUAAAUCUUGGCAAUGCCUCUCCGUGUUUGGAAGCCUUUGCCGCCGGGCGUGCAGCAGCCUCCAGUAUUUUUGAGACCAUAGACAGGAAACCCAUCAUUGAUUGCAUGUCAGAAGAUGGUUACAAACUAGACAGAAUCAAGGGUGAAAUUGAAUUCCAUAACGUGACCUUCCACUAUCCUUCUAGACCAGAAGUGAAGAUUUUAAAGAACCUCAGCAUGGUGAUUAAGCCAGGGGAGAUGACAGCUGUGGUAGGGCCCAGUGGCUCUGGGAAGAGCACAGCACUGCAGCUCAUUCAGCGGUUCUACGACCCUUCAGAAGGCAUGGUAACUUUGGAUGGCCAUGAUAUUCGCUCUCUCAACAUUCAGUGGCUUAGAGAUCAGAUUGGGAUAGUGGAGCAAGAGCCAGUUCUGUUCUCCACUACCAUAGCAGAAAAUAUUCGUUACGGCAGAGAAGGGGCUACAAUGGAAGACAUAAUUAAAGCUGCCAAGGAGGCCAAUGCCUACAACUUCAUCAUGGAACUGCCACAGCAAUUUGACACACUUGUUGGUGAAGGAGGAGGCCAGAUGAGUGGUGGUCAGAAACAAAGAGUAGCCAUCGCUCGAGCCCUCGUCCGGAACCCCAAGAUCCUUCUUUUGGACAUGGCCACCUCUGCCCUGGACAAUGAAAGUGAAGCCAUGGUGCAAGAAGCACUGAGUAAGACUCAGCAAGGGCAUACAGUCAUUUCUGUUGCACACCGCCUAUCCACAAUCAGAACAGCAGAUGUCAUCAUUGGAUUUGAAUAUGGCACAGCAGUGGAAAGAGGCACGCACGAAGAGCUGCUGGAAAGGAAAGGUGUUUACUUCACCCUGGUGACUCUGCAAAGUCAAGGAACUCAAGGCAAUAAAGUCCUUAAUGAAGAGGAUGAGACGGAAAAAGAUGCAACUGAAGAUGAUGUGCCUGAGAAGACCUUCAGCAGAGAGAGUUAUCACGAUAGUUUAAGAGCAUCCCUCCGGCAGCGCUCCAAGUCUCAGCUUUCUUACCUGGCACAUGAGCCUCCAUUGGCUGUUGUAGAUCAUAAAUCUACUCAGGAAGAAGACAGACAGGACAAGGAACUGCCUGAGGCAGAAGUUGAACCUGCUCCAGUCAGAAGGAUUAUGAAACUCAAUGCUCCAGAAUGGCCCUACAUGCUGGUAGGGUCUAUCGGGGCUGCUGUGAACGGAGCGGUCACACCCCUCUAUGCCUUCUUGUUCAGCCAGAUUCUUGGGACAUUUUCACUACCUGAUAAAGAAGAACAGAGGUCACAGAUUAAUGGUGUGUGCCUGCUUUUUGUAGGAUUGGGCUGCAUAUCCCUUCUCACCCAAUUUCUGCAGGGUUACACUUUUGCCAAAUCUGGGGAGCUCCUCACAAAAAGACUACGCAAAUUUGGUUUCAGAGCAAUGUUAGGGCAAGAUAUUGGCUGGUUUGAUGACCUCAGAAAUAGUCCUGGAGCACUGACAACAAGACUUGCUACAGACGCUUCCCAAGUUCAAGGGGCUACCGGCUCUCAGAUCGGAAUGAUGGUCAAUUCCUUCACCAAUGUCGUGGUGGCCAUGAUCAUUGCCUUCUUGUUCAGCUGGAAACUCACCCUAGUCAUAGUGUGCUUCUUCCCGUUCUUGGCUUUAUCAGGAGCAAUUCAAACCAAAAUGUUGACAGGAUUUGCCUCCCGAGAUAAGCAGGCUCUGGAGAAGGCGGGACAGAUUACCAAUGAAGCCCUCAGUAAUAUCCGCACUGUUGCUGGAAUUGGGAAGGAAAGGCAGUUUGUUGAAGCCUUUGAGACUGAGCUGGAGAAGCCAUACAAGACGGCCAUCAAAAAAGCAAAUGUUUACGGGUUGUGCUUUGGCUUUUCCCAAUGCAUAACGUUCAUCGCAAAUUCUGCUUCCUACAGAUAUGGAGGUUACUUAAUCGCCUAUGAGGGGCUGCACUUCAGCUAUGUGUUCAGGGUCAUCUCUGCAGUUGUCCUGAGUGCAACAGCUCUUGGGAGAACCUCUUCCUAUACCCCAAGUUAUGCCAAAGCUAAAAUAUCAGCUGCACGCCUUUUUCAACUGCUGGACCGACAACCUCCAAUCAAUGUGUACAGUAGUGCAGGUGAAAAAUGGGACAACUUCGAGGGUAAGAUUGACUUUGUUGACUGCAAAUUCACAUAUCCUUCUCGACCUGAUGUACAAGUCCUCAGAGGCCUCUCGGUGUCCGUUAGUCCAGGGCAGACACUGGCAUUUGUUGGAAGCAGUGGAUGUGGCAAAAGCACCAGCAUUCAGCUAUUGGAACGUUUCUAUGACCCUGACCAAGGCAAAGUGAUGAUAGAUGGACAUGAUAGCAGAAAAGUCAACAUUCAGUUCCUCCGCUCGAAUAUCGGAAUAGUCUCCCAGGAGCCAGUGUUGUUUGCCUGUAGCAUAAAGGACAACAUCAAAUAUGGGGACAACACCCAAGACAUUCCCAUGGAAAGAAUCAUCACAGCGGCAAAGCAGGCUCAGCUGCAUGACUUUGUCAUGUCACUGCCAGAGAAAUAUGAGACUAACGUUGGGUCUCAAGGCUCUCAGCUCUCUCGAGGGGAGAAACAACGCAUUGCCAUUGCCCGGGCCAUCGUACGCGACCCUAAAAUUUUGCUUCUAGAUGAAGCCACUUCUGCCUUAGACACAGAAAGUGAAAAGACUGUGCAGGUUGCCCUGGACAAAGCUAGAGAGGGUCGGACUUGCAUUGUCAUUGCCCAUCGUUUGUCCACCAUCCAAAACUCAGACAUCAUUGCCGUCAUGUCACAAGGGGUUGUGAUUGAAAAGGGGACACAUGAAGAACUGAUGGCUCAGAAAGGAGCCUACUACAAGCUGGUGACAACAGGAGCCCCCAUCAGUUGACCUGACUCAAGAAUUUCCUGCAUAGAUGAUGCACCCAUUGCAGGAGUACUGUGGAGGUUUCUUCUUUAAAGAGCAAUGUCGAUGUUCCGGCUUUACAGACAUUGUUGUUCAUGGGAUCUAAGCUAAUUUCUAAUGACCUCCAACAGUAAUUCAGUUUUAGAUGCCCAUAUUGAAAAUGAAAGAAACUAGGGCCACAGUGAGUGAAAAUUGGAGGUCAAGCAGCUGUUCAGCCAUCAUCCAAGACUUCUCUAUGCGAACUGGGUACAAUCGCUGUGUGGGAAUUAAAGAAAAGCAAUUGGGACUUUUUCACUCUUCAAGGGUAUCUUUCACAAUCUGCAACAUUCAAUGUGUACAGAGCCCCAUGUAUAAUAAGCAAGGCCAAAUUUGAAAAGAACUAAGAAAUAAAGAUAAGCCAUGUUUCUUAA